AUGUUCGUUUUACUUUUGAUUUUUUUUCUUCUCUAUCUUGUAAAAAGUGACAAUUUUGUGCAACAAAGUAAGAGUUCAUUAUAAAAGUAAUGUGAUGUUUCAAAAUAAUUUGUCAUCACAGGAUUCAAAUGUUAUGAUGGGAGAGAUGGCUCUGGCACUGGUUGUUGGAUCAUCCCUAAUGAAUGUUACACCACUGAUCAGACUUGUCUGAGCGCUCUGAGUUGGGUGGUCGAGUCUUCUUACAUUACUUUUACCUUCGCAGUUUACAAUGACGAUCUGCACAAGUAUUUGAAUACUUAUGGUGGAUAUUACGUGGCCUUGGGCCUGUCUUUGGAUGAGACUAUGGUAAUUGUUUACAGCCUAAGAGUAUCACUGUUUUAGGGAGCUGACACGGUAAUCGUUUGCGUGACGAACGCCAUGGGAAACAGUACGGUUUAUCUCUCCUGGAAUGAUGGAACUCACAAUUAUCGAUUAUAUAAGGUAAUCAUAAUUUGUUCUUCUUUAGUCGUCACUUCCCUUUAGGAAUCUGAUUUAUUAAUUUCCCAAGCUGAAGUCAGUGCCGCAGGCAAAAUAACUUGUCAAUGGAGGUGGAACCUGGAUGCCUACAAUCAACUCCCGGCUGAUUCUCUUUCCAAAAUCUAUAAUUUAUCUGACAAUAGUAUCGAAUACCAUUUUUUGUUGGCCAGGGGAUCAGCUGAUGCUUACAGUAAGCACCUUAAUUAAAUUAAUAUAUUUUUGUCACCUUAGCCUACAACAUCCACAUGCAUUCAAUUUCCCCGGGGAAUCUGUAUCCAUUUAUCAGCACAGAGACUACAACUUUUUGCAGUCCGAGUUGUUCCCAGCCCUCUUAUGAUUGGUUGACGGACUUUAAACAAGACCAAUCAUUCAGUCAACUGACCAAACAAAAAUUUAUUCUGACCCAUCUGAUCUUGAUGUUGAUUUUACUAUUUGUUUUAUUCCCGACCAGUAUUAUGAUUGCCAGAUUUGGGAAGGAUUAUUUGAAUAGAUGUUGCCAUCAAUUUGUCUGGUUUCAGGUAAUCAUUUUUUGAAAUUUGUUACAGUAUGCUUUCAGUUACAUCGCUUGAUCAAUAGCCUCGGAUUUUGCUGUUUAUCAGUGGCCAUUUUCUUGAUUUUUUAUCAAUCGGAUCGGAAUACAUUUAAAUGCACAGAGAUGUGUGAGAUCUAUGUGAGUUUACAACAUAAGUGUCUUACCCCGACAAUUCGGGUUGACGACAUUUCUGGUCAACACAGACUGAGGGACACCUUUAGUAAGAGCAUGGCUGCAAUCCAGUCCGGCUCAAAGAAAAAUUUAUAUUCACUAGAUAAUGGUAGAUAAUGAAAAGGAAAUGUUUAAGGACGUUUGUGCAAAAGGUAAGGGAGAAUAAUUGAAAAUUCUAAUGUAUGAAGCUUUCAAACGCAAGCUAACAAGGGAAGUACCCCAAGUGCGACGCUCAGAUUUUCUUUAAAUUUUGCACACACGUCGGGUAUGGACUAAAUAUCAAUUCCUGAAAGUUUUAGCUCGCGCUUUGCAAGCGCCGCCGAGAUAUUGAACGAUUUUUGCCGCCGAGAGAGCUCGCUAAACGUGGAGAGCGGUCAGAGGAAAAACCGCUUUUUGGCCAUAACUUUGGCAGUUUCGUGCGGAAAAAUUGAUUUUUUGCGGAAACAUUACCCUCUAUGGUUGUGUCGAACAGUGCACCUGAAACAAACAGUGCACCUGGCUGAACGGGGCACCUGAGCGAACGGUGCACCUGACACAUUUUGAACUGUGCACCUGGGCGAACGGUGCACCUGUGUGAACAGUGCACCUGGGCGAACUUCGGGACUGGGAAAAAGGAUUUUUUUGGAAAAUUUUAAUAAAAUUUGAAAUGUUUUCGCUUCGGGACUGGGAAAAAGGAUUUUUCAUGAACAAUUGAACAAAAAUUGAAAGGUUUUCGCUUCGGGACAGGGAAAAGGGAGUUUUUUGGAAAAUUUUAAUAAAAUUUGAAAGGUUUUCGCUUCAGGACAGGGAAAAAGGAUUUUUUGGAAAAUUUUAGUAAAAUUUUCAAAGGUUUUCGCUUCGGGACUGGGAAAAAGGAUUUUUUUUUGGAAAAUUUUAAUAAAAUUUGAAAUGUUUUCGCUUCGGGAUAAACAUGGCAAGGGUAGAUCAAGGCAAAUUCUUUUGACGGAUUUUUUUUAUAUGACAAAUGGGGAUCAAGGUAAGCCGUUUUUACUGAUUUCUUUGUUUGUGAAAAGCUAGAUAUGAAAGGGGAGAUCAAGGCAACUUGUUCUGAGUAAUUUUUCGUCUGUGAAAAAAAUGUUACUCCAAUAGGGCUGUUGCCGGUGCGCCACAAAAAUACGAACAGAACCUAGCAAGCCUAAAAAUAAUCAGAUGUAAGUGUAGUUCUUUCGUUUCUUACCGUUUUACUUUCACCAUGGGAAACACGAUGUUCCUUGCAAUCUCUUCAAUAUUUUUUUCGGAUCCACGAGUUAUGAUCUCAUCUCUGGCUACAUCAGAGGCUCGACGUUUUGGCAUUGCCUGAUUUGUCAAGAUUGGAAGGAUGUUUAGUCCCUGCUUUUCAAGAUCAGGCGCUAUUAACUCAAUGAAUUUGUUGAGCGUUGUACUUGAGCUUAAAACACGAUUUCUAACUCGGUGAAUUAGCCGUGGAUAUAGGAAAUCUUCGAUUUUGAGAUUUACAGCUGGAUAUGACCGCACUCAUCAUAUAAGUGUGUCCCUGAAGUCUUUUGCCCUAAUUCUCCCGUUAACCUAGUUUUAUUUACAAUUUAAGCAAUUUACAGUAACGUCAAAUAACUCAAAAUUGAGAAGACACAGAGGCGUAACACUGUUACCAUGUAUGUUUUUGGGUACUGGGAAUCCAACGGAGGCGGUUUUGGGUCGAAACGAUUACUGUAACAUAGCAAACUUGAGCUUCGGCCGCACAAAAUCGGCCGUAAAAAAGUUGUUUCUGAAAACCCACAGCUGAAUUUUUGAUAUGUUGAUCAGCAUAAAAUUCUGCCCUAGAAACAUUAAAAAAAAGUCCAAAAAUGCGGGGGGCUAUUUUCGUGGUAUAGUGGAUUUUGACAAAAACUACCAAUCUGACGGCCCGAGUUCGAGUCCGGGUGGACGCAAAUCGCUUAGAAUUGGUCGGGAAUGACUUUAAAGGUGAGGAUAUGGAAGAGUGAAUUUAUUUCAGGUGAUUUUGAUAACAUUCUGGCAAUUUUCGGAUUUUUUGGUGGAAAAAAGGCGAAAAUACAACUUUUUAACAAAUCGUAUUUUACACGGCUGUUUUGCGUUCAUGACAGAAUAAGAACUUAUAUUUAAUCGUUUGAAGAGUUUUUUUGGCAAUUAAACUCAUCUGAAAAAAGUGUGAAAUAUGGUCAUAAAACAGUGAAUUACGUUGUUAUUAGCCAAAUGUCGUUACUACUGAUGCCUGCAAGAGGCAAAAUUAACAGAUUCCUAGUAUAACAUCUAAAUACUCAGAAAAUGGUUUCUACUUGUUGGAGACACCUUAAAAACACUACAUAUAAGUUCUUAUUCUGUCAUGAACGCAAAACAGCCGUGUAAAAUACGAUUUGUUAAAAAGUUGUAUUUUCGCCUUUUUUCCACCAAAAAAUCCGAAAAUUGCCAGAAUGUUAUCAAAAUCACCUGAAAUAAAUUCACUCUUCCAUAUCCUCGCCUUUAAAGUCAUUCCCGACCAAUUCUAAGCGAUUUGCGUCCACCCGGACUCGAACUCGGGCCGUCAGAUUGGUAGUUUUUGUCAAAAUCCACUAUACCACGAAAAUAGCCCCCCGCAUUUUUGGACUUUUUUUUAAUGUUUCUAGGGCAGAAUUUUAUGCUGAUCAACAUAUCAAAAAUUCAGCUGUGGGUUUUCAGAAACAACUUUUUUACGGCCGAUUUUGUGCGGCCGAAGCUCAAGUUUGCUAUGUUACAGUAAUCGUUUCGACCCAAAACCGCCUCCGUUGGAUUCCCAGUACCCAAAAACAUACAUGGUAACAGUGUUACGCCUCUGUGUCUUCUCAAUUUUGAGUUAUUUGACGUUACUGUAAAUUGCUUAAAUUGUAAAUAAAACUAGGUUAACGGGAGAUUUAGGGCAAAGGCUUCAGGGACACAUUUAUAUGAUGGUCAUAUCCAGCUGUAAAUCUCAAAAUCGAAAAUUUCCUAUGUCCCGGCCUUGCACACGGCUGAUUCAGUGAGUCAGAAAUCGUGUUUUAAGAUGGCAUUCCAUCCAUUAUGCUGCCCCUCAUUUAUCUUUUUACAAACAAAAAAUUGUCAAAAAAAGCUUACCUUGAUCUCCCCUUGCCAUAUUUAGUUUUUCACAAUGAAAAAAAAUGAUAAAAACGGCUUACCUUGAUCCCCCCUUGUCAUAUUUAUCUUUUCACACACAAAAAAAUCAGUCAAAAAACUUGCUUUGAUCUCCAUUGUCAUAUUUACCUUUUCACAAAGAAAAAAUGGGUUUUUUCCUUUUUCGAAGGGAAAACUUUCCAAAUUCUUUUCAAUUAUACACAAAAAUUCCUUUUUCCCUGUCCCGAAGCGAAAACCUUUGAAAACUUUUAAAAAUUUUCCAAAAAAAUCCUUUUUUUCUGUCCCGAAGCGAAAACCUUUCAAAUUUUAUUAAAAUUUUCCAAAAAAAUCCUUUUUCCCUGUCCCGAAGCGAAAACCUUUCAAAUUUUAUUAAAAUUUUCCAAAAAAAAAUCUUUUUCCCAGUCCCGAAGCGAAAACCUUUCAAAACUUUUAAAAAAUUUCCAAAAAAAUCCUUUUUCCCUGUCCCGAAGCGAAAACCUUUCAAAUUUUAUUAAAAUUUUCCAAAAAAAAAUCUUUUUCCCAGUCCCGAAGCGAAAACCUUUCAAAACUUUUAAAAAAUUUCCAAAAAAAUCCUUUUUCCCUGUCCCGAAGCGAAAACCUUUCAGAUUUUUUAAAAAAUUUCCAAAAAAAUCAUUUUUCCCAGUCCCGAAGCGAAAACCUUUCAAAUUUUUUAAAAAAUUUUCAAAAAAAAAUCCUUUUUCGUUGUCCCGAAACGAAAACCUUUCAAAUUUUCUUCAAUAAUUUUCUUCAACAAUUUUUCAAGGUGCACCAUUCGCCUAGGUGCACUGUUCAAACAAUAAAAUGUCAGGUGGGUGCACCGUUCAGCCAGGUGCACAGUUCACCCAGGUGCGCCGUUCAGCCAGGUGCACAAUUCGUCAGGUGCACCGUUCGGACCGAAUCCGCUGUAAAGAUUACAAUGUAAAAAUAGCUAAAAAAAUAACUUUUAAUUUAGGCCUAUUUCCAACAACUCCACACAAUUUUGGGUACAAUAAUCGGCUCCCUGGUGAUCUCCCAGAUCGUGGCGGGUUACUGUAGACCCUCGGUGUCUGCCGUCUCUCGAAAAGCAUGGAACCUCUUGCACACAUUCACUGGUUAUAUUAUUUACAUUGGAUUCAGUAGGUUAAUUACUUUAUUCUUACUUAAAUAAUUGAAGGCGCGAAUGCUUUUAUUGGAGUACAGCUCCAGAAGAUCGGGUUGACUGAAUACUAUGGUAGAUUACCAGUUUAUAUUUUAAUUGUGGGCCUCUCAGUCACAAUUAUAAUGUUUAUUUGUUGUGAAUGGAUCGUUCAUUCCGAAAAAUUUUUGGCGCGAGAUCCCGAUCGGAUCGAAAGAUUUUAUAAUCCGGCUGAGGAACAGAGCGAUGAAAUCCCCGAACAAGUAAGAGGAAGCAUACUUUGAAAUUCCUUUUUAGAACAUCCCAAAAACUCCGAUGAUCCUCAUAUUAUUCAACUUGAUCACUGGAAUCAUGGUGGUCUUAUCUUUGACCAUAAUGGUCGUCAAGGCCUCCAGAUUAAAGGGUUUUAAUCUUUAA